AUGCCAGAGACCUCCACAACCCAAGGCGAAUCAAGCACUCCCCAUGGAUCAACCACCCUGCAGUUAAAUAGAUCCUGUGAGUCUUGCCGAAGUCUGAAGGUCCGCUGUCUCCCCAGCCCAUCCACGCCUAACCAAUGCCAGCGAUGUGCGAAGGGCAAGCGAUCCUGUGUCUUCGUGGCGCCGCAGAGACGGCGGCCCCGGAAGCGGACGGAUUCACGCGUCGCCCAGCUUGAGAAGGAGAUGCGGAUGAUGCGUUCGCUGUUGAAAAAUCGCAUCCCUGAAGAGGAGCCAGAUUCCAGUGAUGGCAGCGACGUGGACGACGUCCAGGAUCAUGAAUCGGCCGAUACGGAUUUUAAGAGCAGUCUCGCCUUGCGGGAUCAUCCGACUCACUCGUCCGAGGAUGUCCGUUAUAUGGACUAUUCCCCUGAAUUACUGAAUACCCCGUACCCUAGUGUGCAUGAUAGUGGUGGCUUUUCGGCACCGCCGACUUUCGCGGGUAUGUCAGCUCGCUGUGAGCCGGAGCAGGAGAGGCUUCCUCCGGCGGACGACGUGAUCGACCGGGGGAUUCUCUCUCUCGAAGAUGCAGAGCAAUUGGUGGCGUAUUUCAUUCACGAACUCGCAUUCUUCUUUCCAUUGGUCGUCUUGCCUUCGAAUACCACCGCAGCUCAACUGCGGCAAACAAAGCCAAUCCUCUUCCUCUCCGUGAUUGCCGCGACAUCCAUAUCCGUCGAUGCAGGCCUGGCAGCCGUGCUGAACCGCGAGAUGGUCCGCCUCUAUUCAGAGCGGUUCUUCAUCGAAGGCGAGAAGUCACUAGAGUUAGUGCAAGCGCUGCUGCUGAUGAUCAUAUAUUAUUUUCCGCCUGCCUCGCCAUUGAAGCUGCAGCUUUAUCAGUACACGCACAUCGCUUCGACGAUGGCGCUAGAAAUUGGGUUAGCUAAUAAACGUCGCGUCUCGAAAAAGUCCGAUCGCAAGAGCAGCAGACAUGAUGAGCUACUAGCUGAGCAGGCGAGAGCAGUCCUCGGCUGCUACCAUCUCGGUUCGAGCGUUGCGAUGAAAACCCGUCGCCCGAAUCUGCUCCAGUUCAACGACUGGAUGACCGAGUGUCUCAAACACCUAGAAAACUCGCCCCAUCGAACAGACCAGCACGUGGCGAUAUGGUUUCAGCUGCAACGGAUAACCGAUGAAGCAAUGUCCUCAUUCGGUCUGGACGACACCAGCACCACAUCGCCCCUAACCGAAUCGCGGGUCCAAGCCGUGCUACGCUGGUUCGACAAGCGGCUCGAAACGUGGAAGAAGAAUGUUCCGUCUGAAAUGCUCACCGUCCCCAUGAUCCUCGAAUACCGCUCCACGGUACUAGCGAUGUACGAACUCGGCGUAGGAGAAGGCUAUCGCGACCCGGACGCAAUAAAGCGACGAUAUUACACACUGCCGACCCUCGACGGAGAAGGGAACAGCGGCAGCGAAGCACCGGACGCCCCACUCAGCGCAAUCCGCAUCGACAUCAAGGUGAAAUGGAUGAACGCCGCACAUGAGCUGCUGGACGCCGUGCUGACCUGCAGCACGGACACGAUGCGUAAACUUCCGAAUCUCAUGUACACGCGGUUCGCGAUGGCCGUGACAUCCCUGCUGAAAAUCCACUUCUCCGUGCGAACCGGUGCUCUCGGGGAAGUCGUCACGCCGCAGGCCGUGAACGUGGCUUUCUACCUAGACGGCCUAGCCAACAAGCUAAGCGAGGCCAGUGGCAGCGGCAAGUACCCUAUCCCCAGUCGGUGGUAUCAUGUGGUGGGCGUUAAGGGUCGGGAUUGGUAUGAUCGGUUGGAGAGGCGGCAGAGUGAAGCGAUAGAAGCUGGGUCCCGGGUCGUGUCGGGGAGUCCGUCGACCAGCGCUGCAGAAUCUAUCUCGGGUUCAGUGCCACACCCUAGCCAAGGCCAGGUCCAAACCCAAAAUCAAGGCCAAGAUACACACUUGGACCGAGUCCCGUCAACCAUGGACUCCUUCCCCGUCAUCCCUAUGCCCCCAAUGCAGCCGGCCAUAGACAGCAUGCGUGACGGGUACGUACCGAUGGCUGGUGCGGGUAUGUGGGCCAUGGACGGCGGGCAUAACCCGCAUUUCUACCCUAUGAGUGCGCCGGGUUAUCAGCCCCCGGUGUCGCAUGCUCAGUCGACGUUGCCGCCUCAGUUUUCGUAUGAACCGCAGAGGAUUCCGGUUAGUGCUGCUGGGCAGCAUACGGGUAGGGCGGGCAUGGAGUUGGAUGGAUGGCUUCCUGAAGGGAGUAUUUUUGGGGUGCAGCCCUUGCCUGAGUUUUGA